AAGAAGAAGAAGCGUCGUCAGUCGUCAUUGUUUUGGUCGACUGGUUUUUCUGCAGACUGAAUGAAGAGAAAACAUUUUGAACUGGGCGAUACAUCUGCUGGAGCUUGUAUUGGUUGAACAACGAGAUCAGUCACCAUGACAACCAAGCGCGGACUGAUAACUGAUUCAUUCAAGGUGGUGAAGAGAGCAAGGAGGGGGACGAAACAAGCAAAGACGCCUUCUUCUCCUCCUCCGCCAGAGAAAGCAGAGGCUGAAACUAAAACGAUCCGAGAGGAGGAGCUGGAGACGCUCAGACAUUUUGAUCUGGACUGGAGAUUUGGGCCUUGCACAGGUAUCAGCAGGUUACAGAGAUGGGAGAGAGCAAAGCUUCAUGGUCUGAGCCCACCUGAGGAGAUCAGAGACCUGCUGCUGCAAACACACACUGACCCCGAGUACAGCCGGAGCCUGUGGAGCGAAUACCCUUUGUAAGGAAGACAUCGUAAGACACAGAAGAAUGACAGAGCAUCCAGUUGUGUGUGUUUUUUCUUGCAGUUGCACCACACUGCUUCCGCACAGUCUACUACAUUUUUAAUAAAAAAGAAGUUUGCUAAUUUUA